AUGGAGGGCGGACUAUCGUUUCACUCGGGUCUGGUGAGAGCCCAUACCACCUAUACCGUCUCCCAACACCCUCCGCCGUCGCCCUCGAAGCAAACCGCACACGCCCGGAUGACCUCGACCGGGCCGCCUGCCCUCAUGUCGCACCAGAGCUUCCAGAGCACCUACUCGAGCUACUCGCACAGCAGCGCGCGCGACACCCAGAGUACCCAGGCCACCAGCAACUCGACCCUCUUCCAGCAACCCCCCAACGCCUUUGGAGCCGCCACCCCCGUCAACAAUGGCGGUCCCGUUGAAGCCUCGGACAAUGUCCUCAACAAGCGGGCCGACAAGGACACCUCACUGUUCCAGCGCUGCCUGACGCUGCAGAUGCGCCUGCGCUUUAUCCCCGGCUUCGACCGUUGGAUGGCCGAGGAGGAGGGCAAGGCCGACGAUGAUGCAGACCCCGUGACGCUGUUAUGGAGGACCUUCCGGAGGGGCUACCCGCUGAUGGAGCUGUACAAUGCCCUGGGCCCUCCCGUGCUGCUCAGCAUCCCCAGCUCCAAGCAGGACGAGAAAAGCCUGAAGAAGAAUGAAAAGAUGGCCUGCUACAAGUUUAUCCAGAGCUGUGUCUCGGAACUUGGCAUACCCCAGGAGAGCUGUUUCAUUCUCGGCGACCUCUACGGUGACGAUACGACUGGUUUUGUAAAGGUCACCAAUGUUGUCAACCGUGUACUUGACGAGCUUGUCGCCCAGGGCAAGAUCGCUGGCGUCACAGAGGAACUCGAAAAUGUCGGCGGUGUCGUCACUAAGCGCACACAGCGCGAGCACAUCAUCGACGAACUUGUCAAGACUGAGCGCACCUACGUCCAACAUCUGGAGCUCCUCCAGGAAUUCAAGAAGCUGGUAGAAGAAAAGGGUAUCAUCAGCGGAGACCUCAUCCACGACAUCUUCCUCAACCUCAACGCCCUCCUCGACUUCCAGCGCCGCUUCCUCAUCCGUGUCGAGCAAACAAACGCACAACCUCCAGAAGAACAAAACUGGGGCAACCUUUUUGUCCUCUACAAAGAUGCAUUCAAGGUUUACGAGCCAUAUAUUGCGAACCAGAAAAAGUGCGAGCAGACGGCAAUGCGCGAAUUUGACAAGCUCAAGGAGACUGGCGGGCCCAACGAGAUGCGUCAAAUGGUUGAAUCGCCCACCCUGCUUGCCUCCUUUUUGCUUAAGCCGUUCCAACGUCUCACUAAAUACCCUCUCCUACUUCAACAACUCCGAGACAAAGGCGACCUGGACGAAGGGCGACGAGAAGACAUUUCAAAGGGUAUCGAGGCAGCCUCCUCUGUACUCGCCGGUACCAAUGACGCCAUCGCCCGAGAGGAGCGGGUGGAAGCUGUCGAGGAACUCAAGACACUCGUCGAGGACUGGAAGGGCCACAGGAUAGAAGGCUUCGGUGAUCUUCUUCUACAUGGCCAGUACACCGUCCUCAAAGGCGAGAGCAUGAGUUCCAAGAAUGAGGAGCGAGAGUACAAAAUCUAUCUCUUUGAGAUGAUCCUCCUCUGCUGCAAAGAAAUCAACGUCAACAAACCAAAGAAUAAAAUGUCCACACGAUCACUAGUCACCAAAGACGGAAAGCCGAAGCUGCAACUCAAAGGCCGCAUUUUCAUGCAAAACGUCACAGAGACUAUUUCGCUCCAGAAGCCAGGGUCAUAUACAUGCCAAAUUUUCUGGAAAGGCGACCCUGGAAUCGAAAACUUCAUCAUCAAAUUUACCUCCGAAGAGACAAUGAAGAAAUGGGCUAUGCAGGUUGAUACCCAACGCCGCGUAUGGAAGGACCAAGCGCGGACUAGUGCCAGCACCACGGCCUCAAAGCCCUCGGACACUCAAUUCGCAUACAUGCGUGACCAGGUCCUUGAGAACCCCUACCAAGAAGACGACGAUGAUGAUGUCGAUGAGGAUAUUGACCCCGUCACUGGAUACCCACGCGAGAACUUUGGCAUAAGGCAAAACACUGGCACCCCCUCCCUACGAUCACGGUCGACAACCGGCGAGAGCGGUCCCCCAAUGGGUGAAGCGCCACCUUCGCGCUUCCCCAUGGGCUACAACGCAAUUCAGAGAGAUCGUCUGAUACAGCAACGGACCGCUGCAGAGUUGGCGAACGCAAAUAACGAGUUCCACAACAGUGCGAUGCGUCGCGAUCCAAACUACCCAAACAUGCCCCGCACCAUGACGCCGGCAUCGUCAUUCGAGCGGAGCCUAACACCAGCUUCAAUGGACUCACGAAACAUGUCACCGCCACUUGGCUCCGACUCAAACAUACCCACCCAACUCAAAGUCAAGGUACAUUGUCCCUCGGCAGGCAGCUCCAUGGUCUUGGUUGUUAGCACAAACAUCAGCUUCCAGUCUCUCAAAGACAGAAUCGAUGCAAAACUACAACGAUCGACAUCCGUCUCACUUGGGUCUGGCCAAGUCAAGCUGAAAUAUCUGGACAGCAGCGAUGGCACAUAUGUUAGCAUACAGUGUGACGACGACGUCCAAGAAGCGUUUGAAAACUGGAAAGAGCAACAGAGCAACCUCAACCCCGGCGGUGGUCUCGGUGAGAUUGAGCUCUUCUGCCAACGAUAA